AUGCAACAAGGCUCGUGCGACGAUAGUGAUCGGAUGUCACAGGAUAACGUGAGUAACGGCAGCGAGGAGCGCUUCCUGAGCGAAGUCCAGAAGGCCACAUCAACGCACACACCGGGCCGGGCCACGGUGCGAAGGGCAACGCCCGUCAAUCGACAGCCACCACCGUGCACCAGCAGCACCCGUGUGCAGCAGUUUAUAUUCAAGCUCAACUCCAUCAUCCUUAGUGACAUCGAGGAACGGGCCGACGAGGAUGGAGGCAAUAUCGUACGGCAGCUCGAGCGCAAUCCGGAGAAGGUGGUCGAACUGCUCAGCCACUCAGCCAGUCUGGGCGAUGCUGAUGGCUUGAUGGAUGAAGGACGAGAGCCCGAUGCACGGAAAAGGUCACAGAAGUCAAACAGUAAGCAAGCGAAGGCAGGCGCCCGUCUACGGCGACAGCAAUCCGUGGCUGUUGAGGACAACGACAUCAACCCACCCGUAACACUGGCGAACGGUGAACCGGACGUCACGCAGAGUAAUGAAGGGAACAGUGCGCCGCCCACGGCAACCUUUGCUGGCAUUGUCCAGCUGCAGGACAUACCACCAGCGGUACGGUUACGGGCAUUGAUGCGAUUCAAAUCUCUUGACAGUUUUCGGACGGAAACGGAACACGAUAACGGUGGUUCGGAUGGUGUCAGACGUGGCCGGGCCGUGUACGGUACAUGUCAACCGAAAUCCCUCGAUGCGAUCGAUGAUCUGGAGGAAGCGGAAGAACUGAGCAGCUCGGUCGAGGUGUCCUAUGAUGCCGAAGAAGAGGAACGCAUCUGUGGGGAGCUGCUGACCGAACUGCGUGCCCUAGAGGAAGCGGACCGUGCGGAAGCGUUGGAAUCGAAUGCAACCCCGAAUGAAAAUGAAACUUCCACCAAUGCACCCGAUGAUGACGGAGACGACGGGGAGAUCCACAAGACGGCCUGGGAGAAGCUGCAGGACUAUCUGCAGCGUGUGCCAAAGCGGCGCGAUAGUGAAUACGAUCUGUUCUGUGGCAACGAAGAGGAUGUUCUGAAGAUGCUAUUUAAGCGGCAGAAAAUUAAAUUACUGUUCCACUUUAGCGACAGCUCCAGUAGUUCCACCGAUACGCUGUGA